UUUGGUUGGGUCCGUGGGUUUGAGCUGCGCUGAGCGUCCCACGGGUCAGCGCCUCCCGUGUGGGAGCUCUUGGGGCGGGGUGGCUCGUUUGGAUGCUGUCGUUGCACGUUUAAUGCUCAGCCCGAGGCAGCUCUGUGGGAGAGUGCAGUGGAACUUCACUCGGCUCUUUAAAGAGGCCGAGUAACUUCCGAGUUGUGUGCUGCAACGCUGGAGGCCAGUUUGCCUUCGCCAUUUGAGUUGUACGUUGUUCUGAGGGAGGCAGAGUUGAUGUUUGUGGAAAGGAAGAACUGAAGGGAAAACAAGCAAUGAAAAUACUGGUGAUUGGCCUUGGAGGAGUUACAAAUGGAGGAAAAACAACAUUGGCAGAAAAGCUUAAGAAACUGCUUCCAAAUUGUGAUACAAUCUCUCAGGAUGACUUCUUUAAGCCAGAGUCUGAAGUAGAAACAGACGAGCGUGGAUUUAAGCUGUAUGAUGUACUUGAUGCCCUCUAUAUGGAUGAAAUGGUGAAAAGUAUUCACAACUGGAUGAAAAGCCAUGCAAGCUCAGGCAUUGUGACUGAAAAACCGAUGGACACAUGUAACAGACUAAAGAUGACAGAAGAUGUUUAUAUUUUGAUUGUUGAAGGCUUUCUGCUGUAUAAUUAUGAGCCACUUAAUGAACUCUGGAAUAGAAGAUAUUUUUUGACCCUUCCUUAUGAAGAGUGUAAAAGGAGAAGGAGCACCAGAGUCUAUCAGCCAGCAGAUACACCCGGGUACUUCGAUGGACAUGUGUGGCCUAUGUACCUGAAAUAUAAAAAUGAAAUGGAAGAAAGUGCAAGUAACAUUGUUUAUUUAGAUGGAACUAAAUCCCAAGAGGAGCUUUUAUCCUCUGUGUAUAAUGACAUAAUACAGGAAAUAAAAAGGCUGAGAGAAGGAAAUCAGCAGGUCACAGCAUGAUAAAGCAGAGUACCUCAGUUUGGUCUGAUACAAAUUGAAAACUCCAGGACUGUGGAACUUGGCAAGACAACCAACUGGGCAGAUGCCUAUGUUUAUGUCCAUAGUUCAUACAAUCACAAGUGGAUUAGUAGCUAAAGUGUUAGCUCUGUAACUCUCAGAUGUUGAGUGCCAACAAUGCAUUGUUCUUUAUAAUUCCUUCCAUCAGUUGUGCUCUGACUGACCUUUAUAUGUGAUUGAAUGUGUAUAUUCUAAAGUAUAUAUUUUUUGUACAUUAUACUAAACUGUGAAGAUGCAGUUCUGCUGGAUCAAUAAGCGUAUUUGACAACUGACCAAUGCAGUUUGAAAUGUUCAUAAAGUACUUGGGAAUUACAAUGAUAAAAAGCUAUUAAGUAUGUUUGAGGUAAUCACUGGUGAACAUGGUUAGAGAAACUAGCUAUAAACUAUGACAAUAGUAAUUUUAAGAUUCAAUGAGCAGUUUAACAGCUUAUACAGUAACUGAGUCUGUUACGGGAUAUAUUGUAACUGAACUUCUGUAGAAGUUCAGAAUACUAUGUAGUAUUUCUCAAGUAAUCUGCAUGUUUGGACCAGUUCAGAAUGGGUAUUUUAAAAAGAAAGAUUGUUGGGAAAAUGUGGAGGAAUAAGAUGCCAGAAUGCAGAUGCAUCACCAACAAUAUUAAGAGCAAGGAUUAGAACAUGGUGAAGUGCAAGACCAUAAAAGCAUGCUUCAGGGAAGAGGAAGUAAGAAAUAUUCCUUGUUAAUCUGCAGAACUCAGGAUGAAAUUUUACUUAUGAAAUUAUCCAGAGAGCGGAUAAUGUAAAUGUACGUUAAAACUCUAUUACAGAAUGUGUAUAUAUACUUAGAUGAACUGGGAAACUAGGAGAUUUAAUUAUCUUCGAUUGCAGGAUGAAUAAGCCCUUACUUUUCCUGUAUGAUCUCUUGCAAUUUUAUCAGCCGAAAUCACAAUCUAUCUGCAGACAUGAAAAGCAAAAGACGGACUGUGUUACUUACUACAAUUUGGCUAAAUUGAUCGUGGUGAUUGAAAGGUAUUACUUAACUAUUAGUAGUAUUAAAGCACCUUAAAAGCCUGAAUAAGUGAGGCCUUAACGUGAGCGAUGUAAAUUUGUGUCUAAAAUAAAGAACUUCCAGAUACUAUUUGCAAUAAAAAUGCUUCACAUUGC